AUGGCAAAAACUUCAUCAUUUUCUUCAGAAAUCUCCACAACAUUUACACACCCUUUUCUUCUUUUUCUUGGGCUUGUUUUUAUCUUUCUUGUUCUUGUCAAUUCCUCUGAUCCUUCAAAACACUCCAUGGAUUCAUCACUUCCCUCCAGAAGACUUCUCUUGAACUCAGAUUCCGCGGCAAAAUCUACCAAUUUUCACCCAAGAAAGAGGGAAAAGCACUCACAUGGAUCUUCUUAUUCCAAGAGAGAAUUUGAGGCUGGUGAUCAUGAAGUUCCAAGCGGACCAAACCCUAUUUCCAACAAGUAG